CGGACUUUUCUCUCUGCGUUUAACGCUACUUUAGCCGCACCGGCGGGGACGUGGUAGAAGAGCCGCCGCUGGUGUUGUUAGUGGUAGUGGCGGUGAUGGUGGUGGUGGCAGUGGUGUUUGCGGCUUGCGGACGCCAACAACUACUCUACAGUCGAGUGACGACGGGUGGCGGAGGAUAUCCGGAUGGAGUCUGGGGUCGGGUUGCGCAGAUGACAUCCAUGCCCGUUUCCAGACCGAGGCGAUGGCCGACUCUCCGGGUCGCUGCGCUGUGAACAGGCAGAAUCUCGGUUGAACUCGCCAUCACGUGAGCCCGCUAGGUAACCGCGAGACUAGGUGGAUAAUUUUUGGGACGGCUUAACUCCGAAGACAACGACAACGGGCAACAACCUUUUUUCCCCCUCGACGCUCGCUGAGCCUCCCGACGCGCCAGGCCCAAAAAGGAAAAAGAGAAGCAGAAGAGAUCAGCAGAGAGAAAGAGAAAAAAGCAAAAAAGCAUGGAAACGGAAAAGCCCAUCCACAGCCUCGUCCUCGACGCAGGGCCGAUAAUCAAAAAUGCGCCCGCAGUAUCCACGCUCCUGGCGCAGGCAGAGCAGCUCUUCACCAUCCCCGCCGUGGUGGCCGAGAUCCGGGACGAGGUGACGCGGGCGCGCAUCCAGACGACGCUGCUGCCCUUCCUGACGCAGCGCGACCCGCGGCCGGAGAGCGUGCGCACGGUGCAAGAGUUUGCGCGCCGCACCGGCGACCUCGCCGUCCUCAGCCGCACCGACAUCCAGCUCAUUGCCCUGGCCCGCGAGCUCGAGUGCGAGCGCAAUGGCGGCGAGUGGCGCUUGAGGAAUGCGCCGGGCCAGAAGCGCACGAAUGGCCCGCCGCCCCCGAAGCUGCCUGCUGAGGGGGAGCCCGCUGCUGCUGCUGUUGCUGUUGCUGCUCCAGAGGAGGAGGGUGCGGCUGCUGAGGCUAAGAAGCCGGCGGAGGAGACGGCCGCCGCUGAAGCUGCAGAGUCCGUCGGCGCGGUGGCUUCUGCUUUGGCCAAUGCUCAGAUCUCCGGCGAAGCGGCGCCGGCUGUAGAGGGGACGUCUGUACCGGAGGAGGCCACUGUUCCGGAAACCACGGCAACAGCAGAAGAGGAAACGACAACACCAGCACCGGAAGCCCCCACGCAAGCGGAAGAACAAGAAGACGACGAAGAAGAUUCGGACGCAGGCGGCUGGAUCACGCCCUCCAACAUCAAAAAGAAGCAGGCCAAAGACAACAACGGCAGCGCAUCGACGAUCAACGAGCCCAAAACGAUGCAAGCGGCGAUCAUAACAACCGAUUUUGCGAUGCAGAACGUGAUCCUGCAGAUGAACCUGAACCUGCUGUCGCCAUCACUGCAGCGCGUCAAGCACCUCAAAACCUUCAUCCUGCGGUGCCACGCGUGCUUCCUGACGACCAAGCAAAUGGACAAGCAGUUCUGCCCACGGUGCGGCAAGCCCACACUGACGCGCGUGUCGUGCUCGACCGACGCCAACGGCGCCUUCACGCUGCACCUCAAGAAGAACAUGCAGUGGAACAACCGCGGCGAGCGGUACAGCAUCCCGAAGGCGGUGGGGGGGUCGGCGAGCGGGCGCGUCAAUGUCGGCGGCGGCGGCAAGGGCGGUGGCAAGGGCGGCUGGGGCCAGGACCUCAUCCUCGCCGAGGACCAGAAGGAGUACAUGCGCGCCAUCACCGAGCAGAAGCGCGUCAAGCAGCGCGAUCUUAUGGAUGAGGAUUACUUGCCGGGCAUUUUGACCGGUGAGCGCAAUAAGGGCCCUGGUGGUCGGCCGAAGGUCGGCGCGGGCAGGAACGUCAAUAGCAGGAAGAGGUAGGGGCGAGGGAGUGUGCGUAGGGAUGGGACGCGCUGGGUUGGGUCUGCCUCGGGGCGCUGUUCAGGCGGAAUAAUUGAUUUUCAUGGGGUUUCUUGUUGUCUCUUUACCAGCUAUCAUGCAUGCAUGCUCUUUCCUUCCCGUCUGCUACAACACCUUUGCGCUGUCCAUGUCCCCAUUCCUGAUCUUCGCUACUCCUCCACGGAUCGAGAGUGCAGCACUUCACGAUAUCUUGCCAGCGCGCAACUUGCUCUGCACCACGCAGCCAGACAAACCCCCAGUAAGCGCCGUUCCAGGCCCGAACAAGCCUCCACCGCAGUCGCGACAAACGAACCCCCGUUUCCAGUCCCAGAAGCCCCCAACGCGUCAACUUCUCUCAACCUCUCUUACCGCGGCCCAGCUUAGACAGCGAAAAGCGCC